CCGCGAGGAAAAUCCUGGAUUCCUCCCAAACAAUCUUGGUCUGGCCUCCCUUGACACAACAACUGGCACCAUCCUACGCCCGCCAGAGAGGGACAAAACUCGCCGCUUCUCCUUUCCCCCUCCCCCCUCCUUCUUGCCGUCGCCCGCGUGCAUGACAGCCAGCAUCGUCGUCAGAAGCGUCCGUCCAUCGACCAUCGACCGAACCGACCGAAACCCGCCCUUCUCCCUCUACCCCCUCCCCUUUCAACGUUGCUCUCCCUCUCCGUCUCGUUCCCGCUCGCUGCCGGCCCUGCCCCUUGGACGAGGUCGCGGGUCUGCACGCCAACCGGGAACAUAAGCUGCGCAUGCCUCGUGCGUCGGGCUCGGGCAAGCGACAGCAAGGAGGCGCAGGUCCCCGCGAAUCGAGGCACGAUAAUGGGCUCGUAGGCCCCGGCAAGCGCGUUGCGCCCAAGAAGAGCCACAGCCACCUCGACGGCCCCGUGAGGUCGCCCGACAACGGUGCCCUCGCCGGGCCGUCGCCGCCGCCGCACUCAAACGGCCCCAACGGCACCAGCAAGCACGAUGGCACCGCAUCCGCCCUCGCCGCGUCCCCGGCGGCCGUCCUCGACGCUCGCCGAGGCUCCCUCGGCACCUCGUCUGAUUCGUCGUCGUCGGAGCUGUCGGGUGCCGUUGCCAACGGCGUCGACGGCGCUCGCCAGAUCGACGUCAACGCUUUGAAGAAUGCCGACGUCCACCGCGAUUCGGGGCCGCUCGACCUCGCCUCCACUGUCGUCCGCUCCCUACCCGUCCAGGACACCCUCGCCAUACUCAUCAUCCUCAUGCACCUUCCCUACGUCUCCCUUACCAUCGUCUACGGCCUCUUCGCCACCCUCACCUUCGUCCCACCCGUUAUGAGCAAGGCUGGCUGGAACAUGAAUCUCGGCGACAUCAUGGACGGCAUCUCCCAGAUGCCCUCACUCGCCACCACCAUGGCCAUGGACUUCUUCUUCUUCCUCGUGUGGGUUUUCCUGUGGCCGCCUAUACAGGACUUCAUGCUCGAAUUCGCCAAGCCCGUCGUCGCCGUCACCCUGGGCGGCGGCGCGAGCGCAAAGGACGGCUCCUCGCGCGGCGUCACGGCCUGUUUCAUCUGGAUGUUCCUGCACAAGCUCGUACGCGCGUCGCGAGUGUACUGGCCUCGGCUCGCGCGCCACAUACCUGACAGCUGGCGCAUGCCCGCCGCUCUGAGCGAUUCGUUCCUGCGCCCGUCCGCCUGGCAAGACAAGAGGGACGGUCACGGCUGGCUGCAGAGCAUCCUGGCCAUCCACAUCCUCACGCAGGGCAUCGUCAGGUACGUUCGGGAGUGGUAUCUACGUCGGGAGCGCUUCAACUCGGGCGACCCCGAGGCCGGCAAGCCUGGAUCCGCGGUCGUUAGCACCGCAACUUCCAGCGGGAACGAUACCUCAACCGGCGAGACCAGCGUCGGCCCCGCCGUCGACGCUGAGGCGGCUUUGUCCGCGACGAGCUCUGCCGCUGUCGCCAAAAGGCGGCGGAAGCAGAGUGCGCAGGUCCGUCUGCAGCAGCCUCUGUGGGCGGCGCUGGCAAGCACCAAGAUUGUCGCGAUGAAGGAGUACGAAAUAUCGAGCCUGCGGGGCCCGGCCAACAAAAGCGACAUCCACAAUUCGGGCAGCACCCCUUCCUUCGACGGACAGCCGAGGCAGAUAUGGAUAUCUUACAUUGGCAGCGAUGAGGUAUGCUUCAACACCAGCCACUUCCCCGAGCCCGAGGCCUAUGCCAAGGUCAAUGGCCACUCGACGACACCCGCCGGCGUGGACACGUCCAAGCCCUUUUAUGUCCGCAUCAACAAUGCCUUCUGGCAACCAACCCGCAUCUUCAUCGUCGACGACGAAAAGGAGACGCGCUGGACCGGCGACAUCUAUGGCCUUCGUCCUGCCGCCAAGUACGUGGUCGACUUUGUCGACACCAAGACGGACCAAGUCAUCUUCACCACCAGCAUCCGAACGGUCAAGGAGACGCUGCGCGAAGACGAUCCCCUGGCAACUGGUCCAGCAAGCGGCCAGCAGGCAUUGCGUCCCGACUCGCCCGCCACGACGCUUCGUACGUCGAUCGCCGCCGCCGAGGCGAGGCUCGCCGACGAGAAGAACCGGCUCAAGACAUGGCGCAAAGAGUGGAAGAACCGCAUCAACUCCCUGAAGCGAGACAACGAGGCUGCCGACAACCAGCUCGCGACGGCCGGCAACAGCGACGAAAAGUUCAAGCAGAAGAUCCGCCAGCAGGAGACACAAAAGUCGCAGGCCGAGCGCGACACGGAGCGCCUUGCAGAGCGGCUCAAGAACUUUGACACGGCCCCGGAGCUUGCCGACCGUAAGAAGAAGGCAGAGCGCGCCUUCUCCGCCGAGAAGAAGAUCUUUGAUGCCGCCCAAAAGGAGUUCAAGUGUUACAAGUCGCAGCUGGAAGGCGAGGUCAAGGCCAGGGAGGUGGAGAAGUCGAACUUGAACACGCGGCGUAACAAGAUCGCCACGCGCAUCGCCAAGAUCGAGAAUGAGCUCGCCAACAUCACUGACGCCAACAAUCGUGGGCUCGAUGAGGUCGAGCGGCGGCGCCAGGACAAGAUCCGGUUCCUGGAACAGACGGUCGCCAUCGAGAAUAACUACUCGGAGCGUAUCAGCCAGGUCGGCGCGGCUAACAACGCUAAGCGUGAGCAGCUACGAACUCUCCAGGCCCAGGUGCAGGCGUACCAAACUUACGUGAACCCGGUUAACGGCAUGCCUGUCGAGGCCCCGCCCAUGAUUACGGACUCGCACCAGCCUUAUGGGCAGAACCCGUGGAAUCCGAACCCUGCGGCGGCACCUCACUUCCCCUGGGGCGCGUCCUCUGGCGACGUGCUUCCGCCAAUUUCGGCUCCAACGAUGCCGCCAGGCCUGUCAUGGCACCCGCCGCCGACGGCCCCGGCCUUUGAGCCGCGCGGCGCCAAGUCGAGAGGCCGCAGCUCAAGCAUGCUGAGCGACGUGAGCGGGUUUACCGAGGCUAGUGACGAGGGCGCCGAGUCGGCUCGGCCCGCCGGGAGGAACGGCGCCCAUGGGAGCAACAGCAGCGGAAGCAUAGGCGAAGCGCCGAGUCCAGCGUAGUUAAAAAGACAGCGUCAGGUAGAAUGAUAUGUCGCGUGAUUGGU